AUGCCCGCGAACAUCGACAGGCUGGUGGCUGAGAGGGAGAGGCUGGCGCGCAACUCCGCGAUCGUUACCGGCAUGAUGAAGACUCAGCAGGUGAGCGACUGGCACGAACGUCAGUACCACCGCACCGGCGGGCCCACCGUGGGGGAGCGGCAGGCUGACGAGGCUGAGUUGGAGCUGCAGAUGGCGAACGCGUCGGUGCACGAGCUGCGACGCGCAAAGAUGCGAGAGCUGGUGGCCAGGGACGACCUCAGGUGGGAGACAGAGCUCAACGCGAUGGGACUGACCGUCUCCAAGGAUCGCGCGUGA